AAAAAAACACGUUUGGGUUGGGUUAGUAGCGGGCGAAGCUGAGCCAUAAAAAUCACUUAUCACGAUGCUUCGCUCUUGAUCGAGGAUGGUAUUUUUUUCCCCCGCACAUGCUGGACUGUUCUUGUCCCUGUCAAGUCCCGUGUCGAAGUUACGGGAACUGCAGUGAACACUUCAUCUCCCCUCAGGCUCCUUGUCGCUAAGCCGACAUCUUGAACACAUCCUCGUCCCUCGGCCCCUGGACAGACCGCCCCCAUUUCCGCUGUACUCGUCAUUCCGCAUUAUGCCACCGCUUCCAGGCUUCUCAGAUAACCGCUUCCAAACCCGCUCUGAUUUCAUUCGCGCCGCGAAGGCGCUGAUUACGCCUCUCUCGCAGUACCAGUCCCCCGGCAAGGCGCGCAUCAAAAUAGCAGCCGCCACUGGCGCCGGCUUCAGCGAAACUGCUGCCCAGUUGGAAGGUUUCGCCCGCCCUCUCUGGGUCGUCCCCAGCUGUCUUCUUCUGCGGUCCGGGACAAGCACAAGCACGGAUGCGGAUGUGGAUGCCAGAUCCGAGGAAGUCCAUCUUACGGCAUGGCUGAAUGGGCUUUCGGCGGGCACCGACCCGGCCUCCUCCGAGUAUUGGGGCGACGUCAGUGAUUUUGACCAGCGCAUGGUCGAGAUGGAGUCCAUCGCCUUCGCACUGCUGGUGGCGCCAGAUCACUUUGUCCCGCGUGACUCUCGAGCAAGGGACAGGCUCGCGAUCUGGCUGCGACAGAUCAACGGCCGGCGUAUGCCCGAGAAUAACUGGCGCUGGUUCCGUGUGUUUGUGAACCUCGCGCUGGUGAAGGCACUCGGGGUGCCUAUGGAAGAGGUACGCGACCUGAUAGAGAGGGACUUGGCGCUCUUAGACACGUUCUACCUCAGAGACGGCUGGUCUAGCGAUGGACUUUGGGGGGACGAACGGAAGCAGGCGGACUACUACUCUGGAAGCUUUGCCCUUCAGUUUGCCCAGAUUCUAUAUAUCGCGCUGUCGGGCGGGUUCGAUGAUGGUAGGGCAGAGCGAUACCGGCGACAAGCCGGCUUCUUUGCUAGCGGCUUCUGGAGAUACUUUGACACGAAUGGUGCCGCAAUCCCAUUCGGCCGCAGCCUCACAUAUCGAUACGCGUUUGCCGCCUUUUGGGCGGCUGUUGUGUUCGCCAACGUGCCGUUACCACCGCCCCUCGACCACCACGGCGCCAUCAAGGGCCUGCUGCUGCGGCACCUCCGCUGGUGGGCAAAGCAGCCGCACAUUUUCAACACCGACGGCACGCACAACAUCGGCUACACGUACCCAAAUAUGUACCUGUCCGAAAAUUACACCUCUCCCCAGUCCGUCUACUGGUGCCUGAAAAGCUUCAUCGUGCUUCAUCUGCCCGACGACCAUCCAUUCUGGACCGCACCAGAACGGCCACAUCCCCUCUCGUGCGACUACCCGGAGCGGAUACUCAAUCUCCCCGUGGUAGCGCCGCUGCUGCCGCCCUAUCACAUCCUCUGUAACCUACCAGAACACCACUUCCUCUUGUCGGCCGGACAAUGCACCAGGAAAGACCACAAGGCGCGCGAGGCCAAGUACGGCAAGUUCGCCUACUCGUCCGCCUUUGCCUUCAGCGUACCCAGCGGCCCGCUGUUGGGACAGCUCGCCCCUGACAGCACGCUGUGUCUGAGCCGCGACGGCGGCGAGUCGUGGACAGUGGCCUGGGAACCGUACGACGUCCGAUUCGAGACCUUCCGCUUCGGUGAGGAGCAGUUGCCGGCGCUGGUGAGCAAGUGGAGGCCGUGGCGGCAUGUCGAGCUGCUACUUGAGACCGCCCUGGUGUCGCCGACGAGGAAAUGGACUGGGUGGCAUUUCCGGAUCCAUAGGCUAGUAUGGCGUCCGGCGGGGUUGGCGGCGAGCGGUCUCCGGUCUUUGGAGUGCAUCGAUGCCGGUUUCUCCAUUUCGGCUCAGCAUGGCGGCUUUUCCAUCUUCGAAAAGCCCUGUGGCGGGAUGGAAGUUCUUUUGAACCAUGGGACUUCAUCUCUCUCGGGUUGGUGGGCGGGCAGCGACUCCUCCUUGGUCAUGUCCGAGGCUGGUGCAAGCGGCACAGCUGUUAUGACUGUCACCCGACCCUCUGCGUUGCAACCGGGGUUGCCAGAUGGUGCAUGCAAGCACACCACCAAGUCCAGCGUCCUGCGGCCUGACGCUAACACAAACCUCAUUGCACCACGAACGCUUCUGCCCUGCGUCCGACACAACCUCGAGUUCCUCUUGAAUGGCAAUGGAGCAGAUUUGAGACAUAUCGACCAACAAUUAUCAAUAACGUUCGGUCUCGGGGUGUUUGCGAUUGCCGCGUCUCCCGAGUUCGGCAAUGAACGUCAGCGAAGUGCGUGGACCAACAAGCCGAAUGAGAUUGUCUUCCUGGAUGAGACAACAAUAAAUAUCAGAUAGAGGCACAGUCUCCAGACCGACUGGGUUUGGUAGCUGUAAAGUCAGUUCUAGAUAGUAGCCUGGGGAAUCCGACACACAAGAAGCUUCGCUUCACAAUUAC